GUCCAAAACAGCAAGUACGUUCAUCACUUUUACCGGCAUCGCAUCCCGCUUGGUUUCCAUUUCCAUCAAGAUAAUGGAAAUUAUGCGCGCCAUAUACUGCUGCCGUCCGCACUUCACCCUAGAAAGGACGACUUGCCUCCACUUCCGUUUUAGGUGCUAGGACUCUUCUGGGCACCUGGAGGGAGGGCUGCUCCAUGGCACCACCGGCCAUGGCUGAGGGAGAUGGGCUCCUUUCCGUGGAUUAUGAAGUGUUUGGGAAAGUCCAAGGGGUGUUUUUCCGCAAAUACACACAGGCUGAAGGAAAGAAGCUGGGUCUGGUUGGCUGGGUCCAGAAUACCAACUAUGGCACUGUGCAAGGACAGAUACAAGGCCCUAUUGUAAAGGUGCAGCAGCUUCAAGAAUGGCUUCAGAAGAAGGGAAGUCCCAAGUCCAUCAUUGACAGAGCUGAAUUCCAUAAUGAAAAGAAGAUUACUAAUUUAGAAUACAGUGAUUUCAGCAUUGUCAAAUAACAAGGCCCAAAAGAAAAAGGAGCUAGUUUGCUUUUUAAAAGUCACAAGAUCAUCUAUAAGAAAACCUUCCCCUUAUAUUUUUCCAUUAAUUGUUUUACAUGCAGAUUCUUUCAGUCUUGCGUGUUAUUUAUUUACAUUAUACAGGUAUUACAUUGAAUGCACUUAUAAAUAGGCAAGCUUCUUGGCUUAAAAACUUGAUGUGCUAAUAUAAUGCCUGUUACUAAAGGCAUUACUUAGGCAUGUAAUGUCUAAUAGUAUGCAUUAAAAUUAGAUAGCCCAUUGAAAAGCUUAAGGUGAACUUUGUUGUAGAUUUCAUGAAUGCAGGUUAAUAUAUAAUAAAAUUACAGUAUUUUACUAUA